GUCAAUAAAAGCUGGUCCGUUCCAAGGCGAAUGAUCGAUGAUCGAUACAUAGGGUAUGAGAAAGCUAAUAAGCAAACACUGCAACGCUGUUCCUGUUAACUGUUAUUUGCUUUCGUGACGGUCAUUACUGAGCAAAUCUAAAUCCUAUCUGUUCACGAGAUGCAACCCAUGUUACUGCAGUCUGUUUGCUCUAAGUGGAGUCACCGAUUGUACCGCACAUGACAACUUAUGAGUUCAUUGUUGCACAACGUCAGAAGAGAGACAAAAAGUCCAAAAAUGCCGCACCCAAGUCAGUCAACCCUGCCCACUGUCCACAACCAGCUGCAAGGGAUGGGAUCACCACGCUCAGCAAGAGAGCCGAAGUCAAACAAUGCCAAUAUGAAGAAUGCUCUUUCUAGCACGUUCAAACCGGUGAGAAUGAAAUGGAAUGGUACCGACGACCCCAAUGAAUCGUGGGAGUUCACCACAGAGAGUACAGAGGGAUCGAAUGAACUUGUAAAGCGUCCAACCAGCCUCUCACCUCUGUGCAGUCGGACCGUACCCAGAGUUUCUACGGCGAAACGAUGA